GACCAGUGAGGAGCUCGAUGUCCGGGGUCGGGAGCAGGAUGGAGGGCAGGAGCACGCCAGGAUUCAUGAAGCUUCUCCUGAGGAUUCUGGGAUUUUUCUGCCUGUGGAUUACAGCUCAGGCUCAGAUGAAGAUCCCACCAGAGACGGUGCAGCAGUGGGCGUCCGUGUUCGCCGUUCAACUUCGAGACUUAACCACCAAAUACUCCGGCUCUCUGCUGCUGCAGAAGAAAUUGAAGGAUGUGGAGUCCAUCAUUAAAAUCGUGGAGCUGGACGGAGACGACUUGGUGAAGGAUUAUUCAGAUGAAAUCGAACGAAUGUUAGGGAGCAAGAUGAAGUCAGUGAAGAGGUUAGCAGAAUCGGCAGAAGACGCUGACCUGUACCACGAAUUCAACGCUUCAUUAGAGUUCGACUACUACAACUCCAUGUUGAUCAACAAGGUUGACGAGGACGGGAACUAUGCGGAACUAGGUGGAGAGUUUCCACUGGAGGAGAAUGAACAUUUCAACAACCUGCUGGUGAACACGCAGCAGAGCGACAUCCAGGUCCCCACCAACGUCUACAACAAAGAUCCGAACAUCCUUAACGCCAUCUACAACUCAGAGGCGUUAAAUGAUGUCUUCAUCAGUAACUUCCAGAGGGAUCCCACACUCACCUGGCAGUACUUUGGCAGCUCCACCGGCUUCUUCAGGAUCUACCCUGGUAUUAAAUGGACUCCAGACUCCAACGGAGUGGCAGCUUUUGACUGCAGGAACAGAAACUGGUACAUCCAGGCCGCCACGUCUCCGAAGGACAUCAUCAUCAUGGUGGACAUCAGCGGCAGCAUGAAGGGGCUGAAGAUGACCAUCGCCAAACACACCAUCAACACCAUCCUGGACACGCUGGGGGAGAACGACUUCGUCAACGUCAUUGCUUACACGGACUAUGUUCGUUAUGUGGAGCCGUGCUUCAGGGGAACCCUGGUCCAGGCCGACUUGGACAACAGAGAGCAUUUUAAGGUGCUGGUGGAGGAGCUGCAUGUUAAAGGAGAAGCAAAGAUCAAGCCCGCCAUGAAGGAAGCCUUCAAAAUCCUCAACGAGGCGAGGGCGAACGGUCAGGGCAGCAUGUGUAACCAGGCCAUCAUGCUGAUCACUGACGGAGCCAUGGAGGACUUUGAGUCUGUGUUCGAGGAGUUCAACUGGCCUGAGCGCAGGGUGCGAGUCUUCACCUAUCUGAUCGGCAGAGAGAUGACCUUCGCUCAGAACACCAAGUGGAUCGCCUGCAACAACAAAGGUUACUACACACACAUCUCCACGCUGGCCGAUGUGCAGGAGAACGUCAUGGAGUACCUGCACGUGCUCAGCCGACCCAUGGUCAUCAACCACGACCAUGACAUCAUCUGGACCGAGGCCUACAUGGACACCGUGCUUCCAAACACUGAAGAGCUCUUCACCACCAAAGCUCAGAGUCUGCUGCUGAUGACGUCUGUGGCCAUGCCGGUCUUCAGUAAGAAGAAGGAGACGCUGUCCCACGGGAUCCUGCUGGGUGUGGUCGGCUCGGACAUCCCGCUGAUGGAGGUGAUGAAGCUGGCGCCCAGAUACAUGCUGGGAGCUCACGGCUACGCCUUCCUCAUCACCAACAACGGCUACAUCCUGGCUCACCCCGACCUUCGACCUCUGUACAAAGACGGAAAGAAACUGAAGCCGAAGCCAAACUACAACAGUGUGGAUCUGUCUGAGGUGGAGUGGGAGGAUACGGACGAGAUGCUGAGAACAGCCAUGGUGAAAGGAGAGACCGGCAGCAUCAGCCUGAACAUCAGAGCGUCUGUGGAUAAAGGGAAAAGACCUCUGUACCUCGUCAACGAAUACUUCUACACAAACAUCGAUGAGACACCUUUCAGCUUUGGCAUGGUGCUGACGAGGGGUCACGGGAGGCUGAUGUUUGUGGGAAACGUGUCUGUGGAGGAAGGGCUGCAUGACCUCACCUCCCCAGACCUGAGCAUCGCCUCAGAGUGGACUUACUGUGAGACCGACAUCGACCCCGCUCACAGAAAAUACUCACAACUUCAGGCCGCCAUCCGCUACCUGCUGGGGAAGGAGCCCGACCUCGAGUGUGAUGAGGUGUUGCUGCAGCAGACGCUGUUUGACGCCGUGGUCACCGCUCCGCUGGAGGCCUACUGGAACGCCCUGAUGCUCAACGACAGGGUGGAGCCCGGGGUGGAGACCGCCUUCCUCGGGACUCGUGCCGGCCUGAUGAGGAUCAUGAGAUACGCAGGAGCGGAGACCAGAGUGGCAAAAAAGUUCCUGACUCCGGCUGAUAAAGACAACCUGUUCACCAUCGACCAUUUCCCUCUGUGGUACCGCCUGGCCGUGGAAAACACUCCUGGGAUCUUCUACUACUACCCCGUCAAUGACAAAGGCGUGAAGUACGCUGUAGCGACGACGGCAGUGACGGUGUCCUCUGAAGGAAAGACGGCGAUGGCUGGAGCUAUCGGGGUGCAGAUGUCCUUGGAUUUGCUGGAAAAGAGGUUCUGGGCCAUCGCCAAGCAGCCCAGCGACACAGACUGUUCAAACAUCGAAGGCGUGUGUCCGCUCAGCUGUGAGAGUGUGGAUCUUAACUGUUUCCUGGUCGACAAUAACGGCUUCAUCCUGCUGUCCAAAGAGAGGAACGAGGUCGGACGCUUCUUUGGCGAGGUGGACGGCUCUGUCAUGGCGUCGCUGAUCAAGAUGGGAAUGUUUAAAAAAGUGUCGUUGUUCGACUACCAGGCGAUGUGUAAGAACAGUCAUCAUCACGCCAGCAGCGCCCGACCUCUGCUCAGCCCGUUUUAUGGCAUCGUGGCAUUGAUGAGAUGGUUCUUCUCCAACGCUCUGAUGUUCCUGCUGGACUUUAACCUCUGUGGUCUCUGGCACUCGGAUUAUUUUGUGGACGCCAAGGCUGGUUAUCACACAUCUCAUAAGCAGAAGAAGGUGGAGGCGCUGCAGCCCUGCGACACGGCGUAUCCCGGCUUCAUGUACGACUACUCCGUCAGGGAAGCCAACAGCCUCAUCAAGUGUGGACGCUGCCAGAAGAUGUUUGUGGUGCAGCAGAUUCCCGACAGUAACCUGGUUCUGGUCGUGACUCAGGCCGACUGUGACUGUUCUCGUCAGUACGGACCGAUCCCACUGGAGCCCAAAGAGAUCAAAUAUAAUGCCACAGUUAAGUGCAAUAGGAUGAAAUCACAGAAGGUGCGGCGGCGACCGCAGUCCUGUCACGCCUACCACCCGAAGGAGGACGCUAAAGACUGUGGCGGGGCGUCGGCCAUCUCCCUGUCUGUUUCUCUGUUCUCCACCUGUCUCCUCGUCUCAUUGGUCCUCCACCACUGGACGUAAACCAGGACCAACCCACCAAUCAGGACGCCCAGAGGGGAGCUGGACAGCAGGUAGCCAAAGGAUGUUUUUCUGUUUUUUAAACUUGCCACGAGGGACGAUGGGACACCUCAGAUUUUCUCGAGCUUCAGUUCAGUCUGCAGCGGAGAUAAAGGGCUAUUUGACUUUUCUCUUUUUUAAAAAACUGAUCGAGACUCAUUUCUCCUUUAACUGACUGGGGAAGAAAUCCUCCAAGUGAGCUCGCGAGCUGCAGGAGGAACAGGAGUCCUCGCUGUGUGAAGCACUCCGGUCAGAGUCUUUGAGGGGAACUCGGCGCCCCCCCCAGUGGACAGAAGUAGACGGUGCAGCUUCUGUGUGGAGAAAUGUUGCCAUUACAUAAAAAAAACAAGAAUGUAGCAUCUUUGUAGCUUUUUGAUACAGAAAUAUUGUAUACAAGUAGAGUUUUACAUUCAAAUGAUUUACCAAAAGGGAGGUUGGGAGGUUAAAGGUCAACAGAAAUGACAAAAAUAGCCUGUUAAAGUGACGGAAGCUAAUGUUUAAAGACGUAAAAUCUGUUGCUUAUUACGUCAGUGCACUGUGCUGCUUCCUGGUGUCAUUUCUUAUGUUAAUUUAACAAGAAAUUAAAAUUUAUUUUCUCAUUAACACUUCCUCUCUGAGUGUACAGUGACCUCUAGUGGCUGGAGAGUGAUUUACACAAAACGUAGCAGCUGGUUUUUAGACAAAAAUGACUUUUCAGUUGUAAUUUCUGGUAAAACUUUGUUUUGCAGGUAAUUUCCAGCUGAUUCUCUGAAAACUUUCCUCAUAAGUUCCUAAAACCUAUCUGGUAUUUAGCUGUAAAAUUACUCUGAUAUUCCCAAGACAGGCUGAUUAGUUUGGUACUAAUUGUAAGUAAUGAUAAAUUUAACUCCUGGGUCAUGUUUUAUUCACUGAUUAUCGUCAGAGUAAAACUAAGGAAGAAGAUUACUGAGCAGAUCUACAUUAAGAAUUUUUAAAAUUAAGAAUAUUUGUCUCAUCUGUUUGGAAACUCAGAUGGUUACUGAUGUCUGAGUACAGUUUUUCACUAAGGUGUGACAUAAUUUCAGAUUUAUUUUGUCCUAAAAACUCAAAUAUAAAGAAUGAAUAUUUCAUAACUGUAGCUUCUAACACUUUCUCCAUUUAGUGGUAGAAAUAAGCCCAAACUUUCUCGUUAUUAAAAGCUAAACACCAGGAACGUUUCAAGGGAAUUAGCUGGAAAAUUUUAGGGAAAUAAUCAGGAAACUGUCCAGGACAGGUCAAAGACAUAAAGUGGCUUAAAACAGAAGUAGAUUUUAUCAAGGUUUAAUAUUUAUGGUUUGUUUUUUGUACAUGUGAUAAACAGAUUGCAGAAUGCAGAACAAACAAGAAAAACUACAUUAGAAAUAUAUAAAUGUUGUUUCAACUUUGAAACGACUGAACUUCAUUGUGAAGCAGCUCCUGAAAGGAAGCAACAGUUAUAUGUUGACCUGUUCAUUACUAAAACAUUUGUGUGUUUACCUGGCACAGGUACAUGAAUCAGGUGUUAGACAUGAUGUGAUUUAAUACAGAUGAUAUUUGUAACUGUAGCUGGAGGAGGAAGGUUUUCAGGUGAAAAUGUCUCUGAUGGUUUUUAGUUGGUUAAAGAUGUGAAAACUCUCCUCGAUCCAAAAUAAAUAAAUUAAAAACCUCUAAUAAAUUAACAUUUUUCACUUCUACAUGUUGGUAUGUUUGUUUUUCAUUGUGUUUAUUUUCAUUUUCUAACACCAGCUUUUCUGAUCGGGCAGAUUCACAGAAAGAAACGUUGAUGUCAUCAGUCACUCGUCAGCCUUUGUUCUCAAAAGUUUUUUUUUUACUUAUAUAUAUUAUAUAUAGGUAAGGAUAAGGAUUCACUGAUAUGACACAGUUUUCUUCAGGAUGUUUUAAAUUCAUAAGUCAUUUUCCUGAUAUGUGACAGUUAAUGUGAUCUGUGCAGUGUUUUAUCUUCUUAUGUACAGUCUAUGGUGACUUCAGGUCAUUAAACCUGUCAUCUGUUCACAUGUAUUUAUUCAUUCAAGCCUUAAACUGUCUCAGU